GUCCACGUCCCCAGCUUCCGGAAGUCACUUUGAGCCAAACAUCCGGGUUUCUUUUUUUUUUUGCGGUCCGGUGGAUCCCACCUCUCUCCCCCUGUACCUUUCCUCCUCUCAGGCCCACGUCUCUCCUGCUCGUCCUCCGCGCGCGGGAGCAGCGCGGGCUUCAGCGACGGGAGCCCUCGAGGGACAUGGCAACUACGGCGACGCCGGCCGGCGGCUCCCGCAAUGGGACUGGCCCGGAAUGGGGAGGGUUCGAAGAAAACAUCCAGGGUGGGGGCUCAGCUGUGAUUGACAUGGAGAACAUGGACGAUACUUCAGGCUCCAGCUUCGAGGAUAUGGGUGAGCUGCACCAACGCCUGCGUGAGGAAGAAGUAGAUGCUGAUGCAGCCGCUGCUGAAGAAGAGGAUGGGGAAUUCCUGGGCAUGAAGGGCUUUAAGGGACAGUUGAGCCGGCAGGUGGCUGACCAGAUGUGGCAGGCAGGGAAGAGACAAGCCUCGAGGGCCUUCAGCUUGUAUGCCAACAUCGACAUCCUGAGACCCUACUUCGAUGUGGAGCCUGCCCAGGUGCGAAGCAGGCUCCUGGAGUCCAUGAUCCCUAUCAAGAUGGUCAACUUCCCCCAGAAAAUCGCUGGUGAGCUCUAUGGACCGCUCAUGCUGGUCUUCACACUGGUUGCCAUCCUCCUCCACGGGAUGAAGACGUCGGACACCAUUAUCCGGGAGGGCACCCUGAUGGGCACAGCCAUUGGCACCUGCUUUGGCUACUGGCUGGGUGUCUCAUCCUUCAUCUACUUCCUCGCCUACCUGUGCAACGCCCAGAUCACCAUGCUCCAGAUGCUGGCACUGCUGGGCUAUGGCCUCUUUGGGCACUGCAUUGUCCUGCUCAUCACCUACAACAUCCACCUCCAUGCCCUCUUCUACCUCUUCUGGCUGCUGGUGGGGGGGCUGUCUACCUUGCGUAUGGUGGCAGUGCUGGUGUCACGGACUGUGGGCCCCACCCAGCGGCUGCUCCUCUGUGGCACCCUCGCUGCCCUACACAUGCUCUUCCUGCUCUAUCUGCACUUUGCCUACCACAAGGUGGUAGAGGGGAUCCUAGACACACUGGAGGGCCCCAACAUCCCACCCAUGCAGAGGGUCCCCAGAGACAUCCCCGCCGUACUCCCUGCUGCGAGGCUUCCAGCCACCGUGCUCAACACUACAGUCAAGGCCGUCGAGGUGACCCUGCGGUCACACUGACCCACCUGAAACCCUUGGCCAGCCCCCUGGGACCCUGCUGCAGUGGAGGAAGAUUCAAGGACAGAACUGAAGACACGUCUCUGCUGGGCUGCAGCUGCCAGAGAGCUGUAGCCGCUUAAGCUCCUCCUUCAAUGCCUAUUGGGGCUUCUGAAGAGGACGAGGCCAGGAACCCUGGCCAGGACUGCAGGGCUCUGCAGCCAGUGCAGAAAGUGGGUCAGCGCCUCUGAGGCCUCUCACUACCCACCCCUUCCUUCCUCUUUAUUUCUCCCACAUUGUCUUGUUAAAUAUAGACUUGGUAAUUAAAAUACUGAUUGAAGUCUGGGACUGCAGCUACCCUUCCAGUGGUCCUCCCUGCCA